UCACUUCCGCCCGCCAUGCUGCCGCUGCUGAGGCGGCUCCGGCCGGGCCUGUUGGCGGCGCUGGGCCCCGUCGGCUCCCCGGGACCGGCCCCCGGCCCGUUCCCCGGCCCCCGCCCCGCCUGGGGCCCGCGGCUGGUCCCGGCACGGGGCCGCAAAACGCGGCACGAUCCCCCCGCCAAGUCCAAGGCGUCGCGGUUGAAGGUGCCGCCGCCCGUGGACCCCGAAGAGCUGCUGGUGGUGCUGGAGCGGUACCGGCUGCACCGGCUGGUGCUCAGCGCCCUGCGGGCCGAGUUCAAGGCCGAGGUUGUGCAGCGCAAGCGGGAGGCGACGCUGUGCGGGGAGGACUCGGCGGAGCAGGCGGAGGAGCACCGGAGGCUGAUGGCCUGGAACGAGGCGGAGAACGCCCGGCAGCGGCUGCGCAGGGAGGAAAGAAUUAGGAAAGAAGAGGAGGAGCGGAAGAGGCAGAAGCUCCAGGCUGCAGAGAACCAGGCCAGGAAACUGGAGGCUUUCCUGAAGGAGAAGGAGCAGGAGGUUUUGCGGCUGCAGGAGGAAGCCAAGUCCUUCAUCACCCCCGAGAACCUGGACGCGCGGAUCGAGGAGUGCCUGGACAACCCGCGCAACUACAACUUCGCCAUCGACAAGGACGGGCGGAUUGUCAAACGGACGGUGUUGUCAUAGGCCCGGCUUCUGUCUAGCGGCUCCGUUUACAGAGCUUGUUUAUUCCUUUUAAUGUAUAAAUCACCCACAGAAUUGUUGGAAAAAGCC